UAUCUACGAAAUCGAGAUAUAGCCUCAUAAAACCUUAACAGCGAAUAACAGCGAAUAACAGCGAAUAGGACAUUACCUUUUUGCUACAACGUCCAGAUUGAGCAUGCAACCGUGCAUCACUGCGACAAGCUAAUCUGAACCGGAGUCAAUAGGAGUUCGUUACUCCACUCAUAAUUCGUUCAAUUUUAGACACGAGUCAUGGACACAACGGAUCUACUAACCAUUAUUCCGGCCAAUGACUGGGCCCAGUUAAGGGAUCUUUACCUCAAGAACUGGCCUGAGCAUCAUGUCGCGUACGCAACGAUCGACAAUUACUUGCGCUGGUAUGAAAAGGAUCCUGCUAUUAAAAAUCUCACUAUUUACUGUCUGAACGGAAGCUGGCGAGAGGAUGGUACCUACUUGGUCGUGGAUCGCUAUGAGCUGCUCAUUUACUCAUUGGAUCCUACAAAUCGUACUCUAGCUAGGGCACUCCCUUUGCUAGACUGGAGUGGUGGAUUGAAAGUGAGCUCACUUUUGGCACGACACCGACAACCAGUCAUUGAUGUGAUCACAGCCAAGGGUUUGACUAAGGAGUACGACCUUGAGACGUAUCUAUACUUUAUGCCUAAAGAACAAUGCAACGCUUUAUUGCUGCAAGUACCGGACGGUUUCAUGUUGAAGACCUUAAGCAGCAAGGACGCUAGGGAAGUGGAUGAGUACUGGCCAAAUCGCCACACCGGUUCGUUAUUCUUAAUGCAGCGGCUAGCGGCUUGGAAUCCGUGCGUGGGGCUUUAUGAGCAAUCUACGGGGAAGCUGGUGGCUUGGUGUCUUCGCGCGCAGUUUGGUGCUCUUGGAUCGUUGCAGGUUGUUCCGGAGUAUUUGAGGCGAGGAUUUGGAACCGUAGUGACAGUGGCAACUGCGAAAAAGGUUGCAGCCCUAGGCCAUGAUUGUUACGCAGUGGUUAUAGCAGGGAAUGUCCCAUCUAGCGGUUUGUUCGAAAGACUUGGGUUUGAGCACAGGGAUAACGCCUUCUUUGUUAGAACCAUGCCAACUGUCCCUAAAGAAUGGAAGGAUUAA